GCAUUGACGGAAGCAGAUAGCGCAGGAGUUGCUGGCUCAGAAUUAUCGAUUUUGUCGUCGAGCAGCAGCCUGUGGUCUGCUUCACUACAGGAAGUCGAUCAGUCACCAGCAGGAGCUGGUGCGAGAGGCCUACUGCUAGCAGCCGAAGCUGUGCCCGAUGAUGACGCUGCAGACGUGGCUUCCUGGUCUGUUAGUGCCCUACUAUCCCUUUGCGGUCUUCCAAAGCGCAUGAACAACUUUUUUUACCAGCUCGGAAAGCAGGUCCGGGGAGUGGACGAUAGUGCAGAACCUAGUACAACAGAAAAAGAUGGCGCAAGAAGGACCACAGCAGACGAAUCCCACCUGCUGUCACAGCACCCCCGCCAGACCCGAUCCCUCCAGCAACUCACCUACACCCAAGACCCACCGCUAAAUAACGCCCAGUGUACCGAAAACGAGGACGGGGACGAGGAGUGCGGUGUGGUGGAGAAGGGCAUGAUGCUGACAACCGAGGGGUACAGGGUUGCCGUGGCGGAAGCGGUGUUGACAAAGUACGGAGCCGUAGAGGUCUUCAACUACAUCUUCUCCCUUCCCUUGACGUACCUCGCGAAUUUGAAAUCCGUUACCAUCCCGCUUGCCACCGGCUGCAACUCCUUUCUGAACUUUGCAAAGUGCGAGAAAUUUGAAGUCGAUAGCAGCUCCGACCCCGAUGGCAUCGGGGUCGGUGCGACAGUUGGUAUCGGGAAUACGUUGGUGGUGAGCUGCAAGCUGCCGGGUGAACAGACAGGAACGAAUGGUCAAAAAUUGAGAACAGAGCUGCGGUUCCAAAGACAAUAUGUCUUCCCGAACGAUUUUACGAACCACGCGGUGAAAGACGAGGUCUUUGUCGUGAAGAAGGACGUGAAAUCUGGCGUCGUUUUGUCCCGGGAAAAGGCUCUGAUGUCCAACGCGGCGUCGCUGGAGCAAACGUUUCAACAAACCAACUUCAACGUUUCGGACACGAUUUGCCCCUUUGGCAUCGGGAAAUGCAGUUACUGCACGCCGAAGGUGAUCGUCAAAGCAAAUACCUUCGACCCACCCACCGGGGGAUCCAACAUCGCCUUUCCGUCGCGUGCGAACUUGUUCGACUACUGUGCAAAUUUGGUGAGUUCUGUCACCUAUGCGUUGCAAAAGCACCGUCCUAGUACAAAUCGCAUGACAAACUUCCUGAGCAUGAAAAAUGAAAUUUGCCAUGCUGAUUUACCUUGGGAAUCAGAUUUGUCAUGCAGACCUGCGAUUAGUACGAGUGCGAUGCUUUUGCAUUUGAUAUCACCAGUUUCAACGCGAGUUCGAUGACGCGGCCCAAGCACAGCUGCUCGAUUUCGGAGUAUAACGCGUAUCAACUAGCACUGAACCGCCAACCGGCGUCGGUCAGUUUCUUCCAAUCUUUGGAUUGUGACAGCGACAAGUACGUCGACCCGGGGGAGUUGCAGUUGUUCGGCAUCUGCGGCAGUCGGUUGAUCGCGAACAUGCUGGAAGGCUCUACUUUGCCCCAAGUGCAGAACAUCCUCGGGAUUACACCAAGUAGGAACAUCAGGAAUCUCGCCGCACACACGUCAACAUCUUCAACUGCAUCCAACGCCUCCUCAAUCGUGUACAGCAAUUUAGACAAGGCACGAAUCAUCGCAACCGGCCGGGUGUGUGAAACGUCGCCGAACCUGUGCCAGAGCAUGCCGCUGGAGGUGCUUUUGAAAGAGUUGGAACAGUUCAACGUAUUGAAGCCGCUGAUGAAGGACGAGAACUUGAACACGAGAAACCUCAUCGCGGAUAUCAUGGUGAAGAAAUGCGACUUCGACUCUGACUCCGCCUUUACCGCGAGUGAGAUUGACUGCGCGGUGAGAAAGAUCAUUCCGAUGACGGAAAAUCUAGAAAAAGCGGUGGCGGAGACAUCGGCGACUGAAGAACCAGCGAAAGCGAAAAUCCUCAUUCCGGCGAAUCAGAAAGUCGCGUUUCGAGCGACAGAAUUAAAACUCCCUUCCGCAAUCGAGAUGUCUGAGACGAUGAAAAAGAAGCUUUUCACGAAAUUGGAUUUCAAUAACGACGGAAAGGUGACGUUGCAGGAAAUAGAAAAGGAAACCAGUAGUUUUAAGCUGCCAACAAGAGCUUCUGCCUCUCUCAUCACCCGACAAGAGUACGUUUCCAACCCGUCCCUGUACAACCCGCAAGUCGCCGGGUCUGCAACCGUCGCGGCGGAGUUUUCUGAGUGCAUGUUCCUCUACCGCGAUACCAAUGGGGAUGGGAAGCUGUCGGCGAAAGAAGCGUUUCUACCGCUAGCGCAGGUCAGUUUGCUGCACGAAAAGACCUGCGGGGGUAGGAUGCUGUUGGAAGAACUGGUGCACAAAGUGGAAAGGAGAAGAAACGAGGAGAAACGGUUUUUGAAGGAAAUAGAAAUUAGAAGCGAGGCGAGAGCAUCAUCUUCAUCAACAUUGACGCCACAGGACGCCAGUGCUCAGAACAAGUUUUCGUCUUACUACGACUGGCUUCAGAACCGAAACUUGAAAGCAGGGGAAAAAUUGAAACACGAACGACGCCAGCUGGCAACGUCGACCAAUUCUAUCGGAGGCGUGACGCACGACGCCGGGACAACGGUGCCGCCGACGUACUUCGACGUUUCUGGGACGAGUAGUACAAUUUUAACCGAGCUGAAGACCGACGCUUUUUUUGCCUCCCUUCCCGAUGCGGAGCUGAAAAAGUUUCAGAAGGUGUUUCAGUUCGAGAUUGAUACCAACAACCAAGUGAAGCGCGCGAAUGACCCGAAGCAGGAGCUGAAAUUGAUGAUGGCGGAGCUGAAAGCGGUGGCCGAGAGCGGCAGCUGUCACGAUUACCGGCGGGUGCUGGAAGAGGAGAGUGGGGAGGAGAUUGGCGUUGUACGAACCGUGUACGAGAAUCAAAAUGUCGAAAUCCUCCAGAGCCAGAGCAGUACCGAACCUGUUCGGGCAGAAGAAGAGGAAAAACGGCGUCUGAGUAUUCAUGAUGUGACAUAAUUAUGAUAAAGAUCAACAUUUUUUGCUGGAACUUGACGCAGUGCUCGAAAUUCUUUGUGAUGCGCAAAAAAUUAUUAAGUAACCACCCGAGCGCGAGCCCGACCAGCAAGCUAUUUUGAUAAACUCUUAUCUUCAGGCUCCCACCUUCUAACCCCGACCCCGCACCAGCUGAACACGUUGCAGUGCUUUGCGCAGAACUCCGCCACUCUGCAGGCCGCGGCGGAGGUGAUCGGCGGCAGUGCGAUUUCCAAGAACUCCCAAACCCUGCUGAACACGAACUGCGGCUCGAGCACGUUUAUCUGCUCCGUCUUCUUCCAUGUCAACACGGACGCCAGCAUGCUGUCGCAAAUCCCGUCGCCCUUGCAGCCCACCGCACAAAUGCAGCGGCGGUUGCUGGAGGAAGCCAGGGGCAGGAGGUUGAAGGUGUACGAGGUGGGAGGACCACACCAAAACGCCGGCGACGACGAUGCUGGUCGUGCGCCAUCUGGAGCUUCUGUAUCUACUUCCGCGGACCGACCAGUAGAAAUCGCAAGUGGUUCAUCUGCAGAUGCUGCAAAAAUCGUCCCACCUGGAAGAAGCAGCACAAGGAGAAAGCUGCUCGAAAACCAGUCCGAAGCCAACAAGCGGAUCGAAACCCGGCUUCUGAGCACGCAGACCUGUCCGCAGGACGGCACCAGCCAAGUUUUGUACGGGUCCGAGGUGCAGUUGCUAGCGGAGUUGAUGAAGCUGUCGGUGUCGCAAAUCGAAAAAGCGUGCUUGAACGCGAGAGAGGAAAUGCUUUUUCUCGCUCCGAAAAAGAUGAAGUGCAUGACGGGUAGACUCCUGGAGGGGCUGGAAGUCGAGUUUCAGGAAAAUAACGAUGAAAACCAGAGCAGCAGCAGUGCAACAACUUCUACUAGAUUCCUUGCCGGUCACGCGGCCCAGAACACCUACAGCGGCUACAAGUCCUCCACUUACAGUGCCAUCAUCGAUUCCUGCGUGUUGACUGCGUGUCAGGUCAACCGGUUGCUCUCGCCCAGUUCCGAGAUCGCGAUCCGGAACGAUUUUGACGCGAUGACCGCUCUGGAGAACGGGGAUACAGAGUACUGCGCGAUCCCGACCAGAAAAAGAAGGGCGUUGGAAUAUGCCGCUGUUUCGAGUAUUGAUUGACUGGUAGCGUGAUGUUCUGAAGAACACCUCCACCUUUGGGUCGUUUUCAUUUUUUGUUUCGCCAACGUGCUCGGUGUACGGUUUCUGAGUGAUGAUUAAGUAAAAAGUUGUACGUGGUUUUCUUGGAAAACGAAAAUCAUGUUGCGUGCCGCAUUUACUUUCAUCCCUGUUUUUUUACAGCCGCCCCCACCGCUCCAUCUUUCAUCACCCCGCUUGCCGCCGCUCUCAACCCGACCUCGUUUGAAUUCAACAACCUCGGACAGCUGAUGAAAACCAGCGCAAAAAGCCACGAAGUCUCCUUCGCGGAGUUCGCGCAGUACCAGCUCAACGCGCCGAUUAACGAAGCCCCGGAAGCGUGCCAACUCUUGGCGUUGCAGGAGAAGAUGCUGCCCAUUAGUACCGAGGGGGUCCAGCAGGGCAAGUACCGCGGGGUGACCUUGUUCAACACGACUGGGACAGCAUCGAAUUUAGCAGAUUACAACAAGGACCUCACCGCAAACUUGAAAUCCGCGGAGUUCGGGCCGGGCUGCUUGGAAGAGUGCGAUUGCAUCCACAAACGAACGGGCGCCUUCACCUGCACUUUGCAAGACUACGAGCAGUGCCCCUGUAUGUUGCGGAAGAAGCAGUGCCACAAAGAAAUUGUGGAUUUGUGGAUCCGGAAAGGAGGCUUGGAUUUCACCGACAUUCUGGAGGAAACGCAUGUGAGCUCAUCUUUACGAAGAGUUCGUAGGGAGCUGAAAGAGGUUGAAGAAGAGGUAGAAGCAAGGAGCGCGGCGGCGGCCCGAGCAGCCGCACGAGGCACAACAAGGAUAACCGUCCCGACAAGACAGGACUUGCACGACUUCGUUUACCAAAAGCGGAUCGUGGACAAGAAUUUGCGGAAAGUGGUAUUGGCAAGAAGUAGAACAAGCGGCAGAGCGGCAUCUACUUUUUCUUCUUCUUCUUCUUCUGCUGCGCCCACCGCAAGACGAACAGAUCUGAACCAGAACCAUCUGCAGCAGCACAUUCUCAACAGCAUCAAACGCGACAGAAAACUACUAACACAACAAUCCCAAAGUAGUAAAGAUCACGAAACUUCUACAAAUCCCAGGAAACUCUACCCAUACAAGAUCUACAACAGCAAUUUGACCGCCGCGAUCCAGGCUCAGGGCGAGAACGCCACCUCCGCGGAACAGCAGUGCGGGGACGACUACGGGGAAAACUGUCCCUGCGACCCGUUUAUCGACGGCAUGAGCUGCGUCGGGAACAAAGCUUUAAACUACUACCAGAUCGCGUCCAUGUCGACGGUGAAGGAAUUCGGGUCGCAUCGAAACUUUUACUUGACCGACUUCGCCCUUCCCUGUCCGGAUUUCACGCAAUUAUACCACGAAUUGGAAGAGAGAUUAGAGUUGAUCUACACCGCCCAGCCGACAACCGCAAGUAGCGGCGCCACAACGAACUGGCUCAUGUCCGAGCACGAAUACCAAUUGCAGAGAGAAAUUCUGAACCUUGCCGUGGAUAAGAAGACCGGAAAAGUGUACAAAUCGGAACUGCAAAAACUCUCCCCGCUGCUGCGAGAUCAACUGUUCAACGGGAACAACGAACUGGCUCUGCUAGCCGAGCCCUGCGUCCCGCUGCUCGUGUUGGAAAAGUUUCAGCGGGAGGUGGCCAUUCGCAACCACCCGAUCGACUUGUUCGAGGCGGAGGCGGCGUGCAAGAACGGGAAGCUACGGUGCUCGCUGGAUGCGGAAAGUGAGAUUUUCGGCAGGAAGUUGUUCGAUGAGGCUUUGUCGGAGAGUGCAUCUGUUUUUGCGACUUCGUCCGCCGGAAUGACGGGCAUGGCAAAGGAGUUCACCCUGGACAUGGUGAAAGAAUUUCUCGGCCUGUGCAAGACAACUUCUGGUGCAGGCGGCGGUGGCGAAAAGAAACCAGAUCCACAGUUCUGUCGCAUGGCGAGUCUUCUGGUUAGGAAUGUCGAGAACAAGUGUGGCACAACAUCCAGCCCGGUCUUGUCGAUUCAAUCUCUCUACGCGUUGUCCUCAACCCUCGGUGGAGAAAUCGCGAAUUCCUUCCUUCUCCCCGACCGGAACGGGUUUGUCACGGUGCCAGAAUGCGCGGUAUACUUUGGUUUCUUCAAAAACAACUUCGACCCGGAAGAGGCUGUAGCGUAUUGUCUCCAGGCGUUCGGGGUGAAUGGUUUGAACGGAAAAAUUCUCGCAAGCGACCUGGAAACCAAAGGGAGGAAAUUGGUGGCUGACAGUACAACUGCAGAAGAUUAUUUGUCAUGCGAACCAGCUACCUUCACCGCUGACAAAGACGUCAUAACCGCGAUCACCACCGACUACAAAGCCACGACCCACUCCGCGCUUUCAACUUCCGCACAAGCAACUCCAGUCACUGCGAGGACUUCAACGGAGAUUUUUGAAACCCUCUCGAAUGAGGAGCAGAAGCGGAAGAUUUUCGAAGCCAGGGAAAAGAUCGCCACCUUGAUGGAGCAGCAUUUGUACAGCACAAGAAGAAGAGAAUUGCAGAUGAAGCAGACAAACGUGGACAAAGUGUCGAUUUCCAACCUAGACAUCCUGCAGUUUCUGAAGCAGGAGAACGAGGUGACGACCGGCUUGGACUUGCAGCAGACGAGGGUUUUUGCGGACAUCAUCAGUGAUUUGAUGCCGCUGCUGGAGAUUCAGAAGAACAUGCUUUCGAAACUACUCGGGGAGGAGAUGGCAGAGAUCGAUGGAAAAAUGGUAUAGAGUUGUGAAGUGACAACAUACAGUUACAGAACAAAAUUUCGUCCCUGCUGCUGGUUUGAUGUUUUUUCCUUUUAGUUGUGCCGUUUUUUGUACGAAAAAACAAAACUGCACAAUCACAACUCGUACUAGUGGAACCAACAGAAGUAAACUAUCCAGGCCACCGCCCCGACCACUCUUCAACGGGAAACCCACGGAUCGCUGAACUUUUUUUACCACGACGAGCUGCAGAGAUUCACCAACCUGGCCACCCACUGCUCUAACGCGACCAUCGCUUUAUCCAAAGCCAUAACCAUGUUGGACUCACUAGAAAACGACGCACGAAACACCACCGCCUACCCCAUCACCCAAGCGUCCUCUUACUAUUCGAUUUCCUAUGUGAAGAAAACCACAAAAACCGCGCAAACCUCCGCCGGUGCGGCGCACCCGGACCGGUUGACGAGUAGUGACGACGAAUUGGUUGCGUUCUGCGUCUCGGAGAUGCUGUUUGAGCUACCAAAGGUGUUUGCGGGAUUUUUGUCUUCUCCUGGGGAGAAGAAAAUUUGCGAACCGAGUGAGAAAGUGCUCCAAUCCUGCAUCCCCGACGUGAUGAACUGCGUGGAAAGAUCUUGCGCGGAAAAAGCGAUGCUGCAACUGGAUUUCUUCCCAACAGCAGUUGUUUCAAAAACCACGGUUGAAGGAGCUACCAGUAUCGGGAGAAACUACAACCCUGAGCCCGUCUGCCGUCUGUCCGACACGAACCAAAUCCUCCACAUCGACGGCCCAUUAUUGCGUGGUCGAAAGCUCGGAACAAAAGACACCAUCAUUCCCUCGGAAUUGAACGGGGCGGGAAACUUGCAGGCGUUGCCCAAAAACCACCCGUUCUACAACAAACACGACUGCUAUUUUCUCAAGUCCAGCGGCUGCUUACCCUGGCAAUUGUCUUUCGAGAAGUUCAAACUGUUUGUGCAGAGGGAAUUACUGCAGAAAUCCGCGAAGAACAGUAAACAACUGCUGGGGAUGUUCGAUUUGGCGAUUUCUGCUAGCAACCAGGAAGACAAACUUGCCGACGCGUUUAUCGAUGACAUUCAGGAUUUGAAGGUCUACACCAGCUCCACCGGCACCCAGACCCAGCCACCGAAGUUAUCCCAGUCGGAGUUAGUGCAGGCGAAAAAUUCACUCCUCAUGCGGUUGAACGAAAGAAGCACGAAUUGCUUGGAUCACGAGAAAUGCGACAAGACCAAGUCGGAUUACUUCUUGCCCGAAGAGGACCUGGCGGUGUUAUUCAACUUCUUCGACAAAAGGUCGACUGGGUGCGUGGACGUCUUCAUAGAGGACACCUUCGACUGCGACAGCCUUGCGGAGGAUGGGAUCGAGUCCGAUUUAGUUUUGAUCGAAGACGUGAACGACGACGGAGCGGCGGACACGAACACGGUGUCCAUAACGAACGCGAAGGCUUCGAACAAGGAGUUUUACCACAAUUCCGGGGCGAAGAAAGUCUAUUACCCCGCGCUGUGCCGAAAACAGAAGAUGAAGCAGGAUAAGAUAAGGCAAAUGAACAACUUCGUGUUCGACAAACUGUUGAUGCGAUCCGCGGUCAGGGAGGCGAAGCAGAACGCGAUGGGACUGCUGCAGAAGGACAUGGACGCCUACUCCAUCCAGUGGUAUAAUUUCAACCUUGCAUUAGCAGCCGUUGGCGGGACGCCGACCUUCCCAUUGGAGGUGGAGUUUAUGAAGGGGUUGUUCAGUACAACAGGCCUAGUCUCAACUUCAAGUUCAACAACAGGCUCUGCGCAACAUAAUUCUGACGCAGCGUCUACUUCCUGCAGGUUGUUCUACGAAGCGAUGCUGCUCCCAACUUUGUCGAAGAAGAACAAGAACAAUUUGAAGCGGGCAGGGCUCGAUUGCAAAUACAGGUUGGAAUUCAAGAAACGCGAAAUGCUUGUGAUCGGCGGCAACAACAUUGCGGAUGAUACGAAUUCGGAACUGACGAACCUCUACGGGUCAACGACGAAUGCAAUGUCCGAGCAGGUGAACUUGAAAAAUGUCACCGCCAUGAUGGAAGCCGAAUUCACAGCAAACGAAUUCCAACAACUCCGAACCGUCGUUGAGGAGUUGUCGAAUCACCAAUUUCUGAACUCCAUGCCCAACUUCGGCACGGAGUUUGAUUGGGCGGGAAAGUGCGCGAAAAUCGUGGACGUGAAGACGCAGGGGGGAACCACGGAGAUUGCGGACGCCGCCAUAGACAGCACGGAUCUGGAUAGUGACGGGCUGAACGACAAUGAGGAAUUAGCCAAGUGCCUCAUAUGGAACUGUCAGGAUUGAAAUCGUCAAAGUUGAAAUGAUUUGCGAUGCAUAAAACGGAUACCAGUUAGACCUACAGUUGUAGUCGUCGCAUGACAAAUUUUCCCGGUCCUGGAAGCGAGUCUGUCAUCCGGUUUAGGGCAAAGGAGCUGCCUUCUGUCAUGCUAGUCAGCAGUCCAACGCUUGACCCUUACCAGGACUAUACUCUGCCUCCCGUGCGUCCUCUGCAAUAGAGUCAGUUUUUGUAUCGCAUUUUAUGCAUGACAAAUCAUUUCAACUCUGACGAUUUCAAACCUGACACUCCCAUACCUCAUCGCCGUUUUGUACUACACCGCGGAGCUAAACAGCGAGCAGACGAUUUUGAAAUUGUUGAAGAAAAUCCAGAACGGGUUGGUUGGCGGGACACGGGAAGUUUUGAUGAACACGGUGCUGCCAACUAGCUACCUGACAAACAACAUCACGCACAGUCUGUUGGAAAAAGAGGAAAUCAUGACGAUCCCGGAGAGUUGCUACGUCGAGUGCUUCGAGCCCCACAUCGCGGACCGGCCGACUGCGGUGUGCAAGCAAGCGCGGGUGUGUGGGUUGUUGAAAAAGCGAGGACAUCCGCUGCGGUUGCAGAACGCCAGGUUGAAGGCGAAGCAGAGUAGGAUGCUGGUUAGGGCGGUGUAAAGGGGUGCGCGCAAGUCAAGUCAGAGUUUUUUUUUCAAUAAAUAAUCGGAAUAAAAAAACUUUACACGAACACAAAAGCCUAGGAAGCAUCAAUGUAGACACUGCGCUGAACAAGAUCGCAGUCCUUUAUUUGAAUCAAACGCAGCUCUUUUACUUUUCUUUUCCCAAAAAGUACGCCCGCGCGGUCGAAGCGAAAGUAGCAAUGGGAGAAAUUAAAGAUAAAGACUCACAUACCUUUCAUUUUUUUUCCUUUUUUUUUCUUUUCCAACAUGGGACGACCGACGACGCCAGCGCCAGAGCAGCUGCUGGGCAAAGCAAAGCCAGCAAAGUUUUGGCUUCGGACGCCAAGCAGCUCGUACAGAUUCGGUUGCGUUUUGGCAUGUGUAUUUCGGGUUCUUUCUUUUGUUUUUUGGCGUAGUUUUGAUUUAUAUUGAAUGGUGGAAUCCGCAUGACGAGACUCUUUUCAGAGAUAGCGACGAGGAAUGCGAAAAUAAGAUGAGGAAAAACAUGUGCCAUCAGCUGGGCCCUGCUCUCUUGAAAACAAUCAGACGAGAAGUAGCCCAUUUCCAGAUCAAAUCCAGGCUUCGUUCGAGUUCCACAUGGUCACGCGCGCCGAACCAAUGUCCUUACCUUUUAGAAGGCAAUCAGAGGCAGUCGAGCUAUUCCAUUGCUGA